AUGAAAUUAAAAUCAACAAAAACAAUUACAGAUACCUACUGCCUUUUGGCAGCGGAAAACAGAGCAGUCCUUACCAAGACGAACUCCUGGGCAGAGAAGGAGUUCCACCACCUCAUAUACACACAGUACAUACAUACAGAAAAACAUUACUCUUCUUCGGGAGUAUUCUGGGAAAAAUCCCACGGGCAACCCUGCCGUCUGUACUAA